AUUGGCUCGAAAACCGAGUGGCUAUGAUGAAAUGGAAGUGAUCGACAAAGAACUGAAGAAAGCAAUAGGUUAUUAUAAUCUUAUAGACUUAUAGGCAGCAACAUUUUUAUUAUUUUUAGGAAAAACUGUCAAAAAAGUCCACGUACUUUUAACAAAAAGUAAAUUGAGUCCAUGUACUUUUUUUGAGUCAAUCAAGUCUAUGUACUGUCAAAAAAUGACCAAAUAAGCAAUUCAAUAGGUUGUCAACUGGUUGUCCGGUUGACCGCCUAUGUGUACAUCCAUCUGGCAUUUUUUACUAUUUUCUAUAUUUUUUUUCUCUUCCUUUUUUCUCUUUUUUCUCUUUCUUCUUUCUCCUUGGUUCGCUCAUCCUCUGGUCUGCACUCAUCUCUUCCCUCCUUGCAACUACAGAUCUGGUCCGGUAGAGAAGGCCUGGUGGUUGGAGAUCGUUCUAUGGAAUAGGCGGAGGUAGAGACCGUGGAGGUGGAAGCCGGGGGCUGUGGGUCCGGUGGUAAUGGCGACGGCUAUGCAAACCGACGCGGCUGGAGGUCGAUUCAAGGGGAAGGACGGAGGAGGGGAAGGGGAACGUCACACAGGUGGUGGCCGAAGGCGGUAUGUAUGGCGGAAGUGGCUAUGGAGGCUGAGAGGCGGAGGGUGAUGGCUAGAGAGGCCGGGGCGGCGGAGUUUUCCGGUGGGAGUAUUGGAGGAGUGGUUCCGGUGGGAUUUUUUCCGGUGAGAGUUUUUCCCGUGGGAGUAUUGGAGGAGUUUUUCCGGUGGGAGUAUUGGAGGAGUUUUUCCGGUGGGAGAAUUGGAGGAGUUUUUCCGGUGAGAGUAUUGGAGGGUUAUUGGAAAAUGAAGAAGGAAGAUCAAGCAGGAGAAGAGGGAAGAGAAGAGUUGGGGCUGCGAAGGAGAAGAGGUGCGAUUGAGAAGAGGUGUGGAGUUGCGGACCAAGAAGAAAGAGAGGAAAAAAAGAGAAAGAGGGAAGAGAAAAGGGGAAAAGAAAAGGGAAAAAGAAACAAAACUAAAAAAAAAAUGGAAAACAGUAACAAAAUGCCACGUGGGACAUCCACGUCAGUGGUUAACCGGGUAACCGGUUGACUACCGACUAAAAAUCUUAUUUGGUCGUUUUUUGAUAGUUUGUGGACUUGAUUGACUCAAUAAAAAGUACAUGGACUCAAUUGACUUUUUGUUAAUAG